UAUAACUGUAGUAAACAAUAUUCAACUCCUUCCUCUGUUUUCCCUCAUUCUCCGCUUUGGUCCUCAAACAACAACACCAACAAUGGAGCCUCUUUGCCCAAACUUGGAUCUCAAACCAACGCCUUGCUCACCAAUUUCGCCCAGAUUCCCAAAACCCACCUCACUUUUACUGCCCCCGCAUCGGUUUUCAUGCUCGGAUCGCAGUGUGAGCCGGAAAUGGAGAGUCAUUGCUGCAAAGUCUGAAGCUCAUGAAAACUCUAGUCAGGAACUCUUUGGGUCCAUUAGAAAAGGCUUUCUUGCGUUUUCUGUUGCCGCUGCUGCCAGUUUUUCGCUCUGUUUCGAUUCUCCGGCGAUGGCAGAGUCGUUGACCGUUGCUUUUCCGGUUUCACGCACUACUGAGGUGAACUCAGUACAAAGAACUCUUGUGGAGGCUUGGGGUUUAAUUAGAGAAACAUUCGUAGACCCAACAUUUAAUCAUCAAGAUUGGGAUCUUAAGUUGCAGCAAACAAUGGUCGAAAUGUUUCCCCUUAGGUCAGCGGAUGCAGCUUAUAUGAAGAUCAGUGGAAUGCUUUCUACUCUUGGUGAUCCCUUUACAAAGAUUAUUAGUCCAAAGGAAUAUCAAAGUUUUCGAAUUGGAAGCAAUGGAAAUCUACAAGGAGUUGGCCUUUUCAUAGGUACUGAACCAAGAACAGGUCAUCUGGUUGUUAUGUCUUGUGUAGACGGUAGCCCAGCUGCUCGUGCUGGUAUUCAUGAGGGAGAUGAGUUGGUUGAAAUUAACGGUGAGAAGUUUAAUGGUGUUGACACUGAAGCAGCAGUACAGAAGCUUAGGGGCCGAGUUGGAACAACUGUUACAGUAAAAGUUCACAGUGGCAAUGAUUUGGGAAGUGAUGCUAGUAUAAGAGAGGUGAAAUUACCUCGGGAGUUCAUUAAGGUUUCCCCAAUUUCAACUGCAACCAUCCCUCAUAGAACCCCAGAUGGACAUUUAACAAAGACGGGUUAUGUGAAGCUGUCAGCCUUCUCUCAGACUGCUGCAGCUGAUAUGGAAAAUGCUAUCAAGGAAAUGAAGAGUCAGGGUGUACAUUCAUACAUACUGGAUUUGAGGAACAAUCCGGGGGGACUGGUGAAAGCUGGACUUGAUGUUGCCCAAAUUUGGCUAGACGGGGAUGAAACUCUAGUCAACACUGUUGAUCGGGAAGGGAACUUGUUACCAAUUAAUAUGGUAGAUGGGCAUGCUAUCACACAUGAUCCACUUGUUGUGCUUGUCAAUGAGGGCAGCGCAAGUGCAAGUGAAAUCUUGGCAGGGGCACUGCAUGACAAUCGUCGAGCUACUCUUGUGGGUCACAGAACCUUUGGGAAAGGAAAAAUUCAGAGUGUCACAGAGCUGCAUGAUGGAUCGGCCUUAUUUGUCACGGUGGCAAAGUAUUUAUCGCCAGCGCUUCAUGACAUAGACCAGGUUGGCAUAGAUCCUGAUGUGCAAUGCACAACUGAAAUGCUCAAUUCUCCAAAGGAUUCAGUGUUGAAGGAGCAGAAGAGCUCAGUCUCGUCUCUAGAAGCAGAUUCCUGUGUUUUGGUAGCAGAACAUGAAUUGGACAUUCAAGAGUCCAAAGGCACUGCUUCUUGAAGACAGGAUCUUAUGCAGUAAUUCACAUACAUGUGGUAUAUAUAGAAAUUGACAGUAAUUAUAGAUGUGAAAAAGAAUUUGGAAUAGGGCAGGGUCUGCGUAUCGUUGUGUAAUCUGUAGAUGCUGUGCAUGGAAGUAGAAUAUUAGUGUAUGAUCCACUAUUUGGAAAUAUAAAAGAACAAGUUGGGGUUCCUCUA